AUGUAUAGAAGCAAAAAAGACGUAGAUAAACUUGUAGAGAAUUUACUAUCGAAGUUGUCUGAAAAGGAGUUUCAAGCACGAGGUUAUUCUGUUGCUCAUAAAUAUUACGAAGUGGGGGACUAUGCGAGUUGCCAAAAAUAUGUUGAAGAAUACCUCAAGCAUAAAGAUAACAAUGCGGCGGCUUUUAAACUUUACGGACAAGCUUUACAUAAAAUGGGCCAGAAAGAAAAGGCUCUUGAACAGUUUAAAAUGUCUUUAGACUUUGAUCCUUCUCAAACCACAAUAAUUUUGGACAUUUGUGAACUAUUGGCUGAUGAUGAAGUAAUAGUGGAUCCAAACAGAGCAAAAUAUUGGUGUGAAAAAGCUGAAGCUAUAUUCCCUAGACACCCAGUUACUUUCAAAUUGCGAGAAAGACUAAUUACUGCAUCCAAUUCCGAUCCUGAAGCUCUUGUAGCACUAUUAAUGUCAGAAUUGUCUGUAAGACCAAAAGAUGUGUUAAUUCAUGCCCGCCUGCUGGACCAUUACAUAAACACUAAUAACAUCAAAGGCGCUUUUGACCAUGCCUGUAAUGUGGAAUUUCAUGACAAUAGCUUCAUAAAUAAUUAUACUUGGUACAAUAGCCUCAAUAAACUUCUUAAAAAUAAUGCACAUAAUACUAUGGAUUGGCUUUACCAGUUACUUCUCCUUACAGUAAGGGAGCGUAUUUGCUUAUUAAGCAUAACAGAAACACCUAGUGGUUUAUCUCAAAGUCUAAUUGAAUCUAAUGAACUUCUUCAUGCAUAUGAUCAAGCUAUUGAUAGUGUUGCUAAAACAGGUGCUGCAUCUGGGUAUGCAGAGUUUCAUAAGGCAUUAUUACAACAUCAUAGAGGUCAAUUUGCUUUUCACGCUGCAACACUUCUGUUAAAAAAGGCUAAAAAAGAUCAGUUGAGCUGGCGAGAUGCUACAACAUUUGCCUCACCCUUGAUGUUAUCUGCAUGGCAAGUAGUUCCUCUAGAUCCAAAGGUCAAUUGGAUGAAGUCUGCCCCAGUAAAGCAAGUCUUUGCUGUCAAGCGCUGGUAUACUGAAGGCUCAUAUAGAUGUUCUCAGGCUGGUCAUUAUUUACUUUCAUUCAUUCAAGAUAAAAAUCAAUCUUUCCUUGAUCAAGUUUCGCAAUGUUACUCUGGUACUCACUGGAGGGACAAAUUUUACAAAAAGAUGUUCCCAAAUAAGGCUCAUCUGGAUAAAAUGAAAUCAUCUUAUAUUGCCUCAGAUGCAUUUUACUCUCCAAUACUUAGAAUUCCUAGAAAAGCUGAAGUCGAAGCCUAUGACCUUGAUGCUCAAAAAGAAUAUGGCAACUCACUUCAUCAUUUUGUUUGGAUGUUGUUACAUUACAAAAACUUUUCAAGCUUUAAAUGUGUACUUUUUGAUAUGCUUGAUUAUACAGCUGCAACUUGUGCACCAGAAACAUUAAAUAAAUUGGAUAUCUAUGCAUUUCUCUAUUGCACCACUCUCUCUGCACAACAGCAGAAGUCUAAAGAAGCCUCUUAUGUCAUCAGUGAUAAACCACGCGUGCUACCCGCAAAUAUCACAGAUUUAUUAUGUUCUCUCUCUCAAAUGAAGUGGUGGGACUGUGCAUAUAAAUUUAGCCAAAAUGAACUUGGUACUGAAUUGACAGAUAUUCGUGCAACAUUGAGUCGUGGUAUUGAGGUUAUAAGGUGUAUUGACAAUCAUGGCCUUGAUCCUGAACUCUUAUGCAUAUUGGGACGCAUAUUUGGUGAGCAAGCAGAACUGACUACUAGUGUUGAUGCCAGAAGUCAACUGGAAGCAAGGGCUGGUUUAUAUUAUCAGUCUGCUAUACCUUUGCUAGAAAAACUGAAAAGCAAAAUAGUGGAAAAAAUCUUUGGCAAAAGAAUGUUUUGUUAUAUCCAUAAAGAGCUUGGCACCAAAGAAUUAAAUAAUUUGAUUGAAGAAUGCAAGCUAUACCUAGCUGUAACUCAUUUUAAUAACUGUGAGUAUGAAAGGGUCAUUGAAAUGAUUUCUAAUUUAAAAUCUCCACAAGCAUAUUAUUAUAUUGCACAAACAUACAAGAAAAUGGCUUUAGAAGAAAGUAAUUUAUCCAGAGAUAUUGAUAAUAAAUCUAAAUUAUCUAUUUUACUGACUAAAGCAAAAGCUUUUGCUUUCAAAACCUUGAACAAACUUAAGGAAAAUGAUGCUAACAAAAAAGGUAAUUUGUAUACCAACAGUCAAGAACUAAUUGAGGAGAUUGAAACCCUUUCAAAUAAAAUAGAACCAGAUUUGUUUGUUGAUACAAAUGAUGGUGAUGGUAAAUAUUCAUCCGAAGAAAACUUAUCAGCGAUUAGUGAAUAUUUGCCGAAUAGGACAACUCAAAUCUUCCGCAACGUUAGCUCAACACCUAAAGCCACUAAAGCUAAUACGACUAAUUAUCGAACAGCUAUGGACACACAAAUAUUAGAUAAUACUAGAAUGGAUCAGGCUCAAUUGGCUACAAUAGAAAAUGAAAUAAAAAAAAUACAGAAAAGGGAUUCAAAUAUAAGUGACUUUAUGGACCAAACAAAGAGCUGGUUCGAGGAGAAUCGUAAAUUGAGCAAUGAAAUAAUAAGCACUAUUCAAACUAACAUGCAAAAUACUACCGAUCAGUUCAAAUUACUUAAGAUUUCGGUUGAUCAAGUGAAAGGCGAAAUAGAUGAAUGUAGAAAUGAAUAUAAAGAUGUUGGUGAGUUAAAGAAAGAUAUAGUAGAACUCAGAAAGGAAGUAAAUAAGUUGAAAAAUAUUGCAGCAGAACAGCAGGCUAUUGAUGAUAGUGAAUUAUAUAACUUAGAUGAUGAAUAUAGAACUAAUGACAAUACUUCUUCAUCAUUUGCUGGCCGACUACCUUUUUCUUCAGCCCAAGUAUUACCGCCGUUUAAUCAGCGACUUGUGCCACCGUUCGGAGUGCCACCUAAUACUUAUCAGCUGUACAAUCAGAGUUUAAUGAAUCUUUAUAAUCAAUAUUCCCAAUUUGCUCAGCCCCCAGCAGUGCCUAGUGCACAGUCAAUAUUUGACCCAACAAGGUCUCAAGUGAAUUUUUCUGGUGUCUUUCCGACACCUGAACAAAUAUACCUAGAUGGAGCUCAUCUUGUCCCACCUAAUGUGCCUACAGUACCCCCAAUACCUGCAGUGCCACCAGUACUGGCACCUUCGUUACCUACUGUGCCAGCAAUGCCAAGUGGUGUGCCAACACCAGCUAAGGCCAAAGAGACUUCUCGACAUCUGCCGGUAAAUGUUGUGAUAACUUCUUCAGAUCCCUUGCCAACUUGCACUACAACGCCAGCACCAGCUCUCAGUGUAACCAUUCCUCCUAAGCAUAUAAAAGGAACUCCUCACAAUUACCAAAUACCAAUGCCAUCAACAAAUGAUGUAAGUGUGAACUCACCUCCAGUUUUUACAAUCCCACAAAAUAAAACACCUACAUCUUCUGGUGGCACCUUUUCGAACUGGAAUCAAUCUUCAAUAUUUAAAACAACUUCUGUAAAUGCCAAUUCUGCAGUGCCUCCACUUCUACAUCAAACGCUGUCUGCACGGAAAAUGUCCACAGAUACGUUAGACAUGUCAAAGACAGUCGUUGAUGGUAUUAUUAAUGUGUCUUCUCCAAAUACUAGUCUUAAUAAAUCCAGGACUAUAUCAGAAAAAAGUAAUACUUCUGUAGAAAAUUAUGAUCCUUGCCCAGAUUUUAAACCUAUUGUACCUUUACCGGCAGAAGUUAAAGUAACCACAGGUGAAGAAGAUGAAAUUACAAUAUUCAGUUCUAGAGCCAAAUUAUUCCGCUUUAUUGAUAAGCAAUGGAAAGAGAGAGGGAUUGGUGAAAUUAAGCUGCUCAAACAUAAAAGUAAUGGAAAAGUAAGGGUACUUAUGAGACGAGAACAAGUACAUAAAAUCUGUGCUAAUCAUAUUAUUACCUCGGAUAUGGAAAUUAAACCAAUGAAAAACGAGACUAAAGCAUAUUUCUGGGUUGCUAAUGAUUUUGCUGAUGAAAAAGUGGUUUUGGAAAAGUUUUGUAUCCGCUUCAAAACUGCCAAUCUGGCGCUAGAUUUUUAUAAAGCUUUUGAAAAUGCUAGGCAGUCAUCUAUGGCUAGCAAAACUGAUAACUUAACUGCAUCAAUAUCUGAUCAACUUAAAAUAGAAAAUCCUAUGUUUAACUUUGAGCGAAGUUUUGCUGAAACACAGGGAAAAUCUGUCAUUGGUGGAUUUACAUUCAGUAGCACUCCGACAUUAAAACCUAUAUCAGAUAUUACAGAAGCUGAAGUAAAGAAACCCCAAGAGGUUGUAACUAACAAAGUAAAUGUGUUUAGUGGUUUAUCUUUUAAAACCAACACAAGUUCUGCGACUAGUAACGUAUUUAAUGUCAACCCUACUUUGAGUGUAAGCACUAGCAAGGUAACAGAGAAUGUAGCAUUUAACACGUCAACCCCAAGUAAUCUAAAUAAUUCUGAUACUGUUGAAGAAUUUGAACCAGAUGUCGAUUUUAAACCUGUGAUACCACUGCCGGCUUUGGUUGAUCAAAAGACUGGUGAAGAGGAUGAAACUAUUCUGUUUGAACAUCGAGCGAAAUUAUUAAGGUUUGAUUCUACUACAAAGGAAUGGAAAGAGCGAGGACUGGGUAAUAUAAAAUUACUUGUCCAUAAGGACAAUAUACAAAAAGUGAGAUUAUUAAUGAGGCGAGAACAAAUAAUGAAGGUAUGUUGUAAUCAUGCAAUUACUAAAGAUAUGACAUUCCAGAAAAUGCCUAAUAUGGAUAAAGCUGUAACAUGGUGUGCUAAGGAUUUCUCUGAAGGUGAAUUAGUAGCAGAGACGUUUUGCCUACGAUUUAAAACAGUUCUACUAUGCGAUCAAUUUAUCGAUGCUAUAAAAGCUGCACAAACAAAAAUGACAGAUAAAUUGAAAUUGGUAAGAGAAGAACAAAUUGCUGGCAAACAAACAAAGCAAACUGGAUUUGGUGAUAUGUUUAAACCUAAAUCUGGGUCAUGGCAUUGUGAUACAUGUUACACAAAUAACUUAGAAAGUUUUGAAAGGUGUGCAUGCUGUGAAACACCCAAGCCUGAACCUGCCCCUGGAUUAAAAAAUACAGAUAGAGCAGUCACUUGUAUGCCAUCUAAAAUGACUGUUACUGUUGGUUGGGGAGACAAGUUCAAACCUAAACCAGGUAGUUGGGAAUGUAAGGCUUGUUUAGUGCGUAAUGAAGGGAGUUUUGAAUCUUGCAGUGCCUGUAAUAGUCCCAAAGAUCCUACCAAGGUAAAAUCUACCGAAGUAAAAAAACAGGAUAGUGCUAUAAAAUUCAAUUUUGGCAUACCACCUACAACUGGUACCUCUACUGUAGCUGUGAAAAAUGAAAGUGUUAUUGUUAGUACUGGACAAGAUCUGUUCAAACCCAAUCCUGUUAGCAACAAUAAUUCAAUAUUUAGUUCUGCUGCUGCUGCUGGAAGAGUACAAUUCCAAUUUGGUAUGCCUUCUACAACAAGUGAACAAGAGUCAAAGAAAGAAGCAUCCAUAUUUGAUGGUACUGGUGCACCCAAAUUUAAUUUUGGAGUACCUUCAACCAAAUUUGGUGCUACUGAUUCUCAUUCACCUCUUCUAGAAAAACCUAACAACAUAUUUUUUGUACAAAAAGUUGAUCUUGAUAGUGUACUUGACUAUACUGUGAAGAAAAUGAAUGAUCAAAUUGUAAAGCCUGCAUUACUGCCCACCCCAAAGACCGAUAGUUCGACAUCAUUUGUCAUCAAUGAGGAUAAUAAGUUUAAUUACGUAUUCAAACCUAAAACGGAUAUAAGCCCAAUGAAAUCUCCUCUAAAAGAUGGAGAGAAUGACGAUGAAAAUUAUGGAAACGAAUAUGCGGAUGAAGAUGAAUGUCAGCACACCUUUACUCCUGUCAUACCGCUACCAGACAAGGUUGAAGUUAUCACUGGUGAAGAAAAUGAGACUGUGCUAUAUGGGCAUGUAGCCAAAUUGUACAGAUUUACUUCAAGUGAAUGGAAAGAAAGAGGAAAAGGCAUAGUAACAAUAUUAAAGCACAAAGAUACAGGGAAAUUAAGGGUUGUAAUGCGACGAGAACAAAUAUUAAAGAUAUGCUUAAAUCACUCCUUGUCUGCUGCUGUUACCUAUAAUCAAAAAGAUGAAAAAUCUUGGAUGUUUACAGUCAAUGACUUUAGUGAUGGUGAGCUAACAUUAGAACAUUUCUGUCUGAGAUUUAAAAAUAAAGAAAUAGCUUUAGAGUUUAAAGAGGCUGUUGAUAAAGCACUUCAAGACUUAACUGUUGAAGCCCCAAAAAUAGAAGAAAAUCCUAUUAAACUGGCAAGAGAUGAGACUGAUGAUGUCAUCUUUGUGAAUGAAAUACAAUCAACAAAAGAAGAAAAAGAAAAAGCUUCCGAAUUGAUGUUACCAGAAAACUUCUUUAAUUAUAAGAACAAAGAACCAUGUCAAGGAUGUCGUGGUUGCCAUGAAGAUGAAUAUUCAAAGAAAGCCACUUUUGAAACACCAAGUUCAACAGCUGAGUCAUCUGCAGUAUCUGAGGUUAGACCUAUAAAACUAAAAGCUCCAUUUAUAUCAACAACUAAUGCGAGCACUCCAGUGAAAGGGAAUACCCCACUGUUUCAAAGCCCCACUAAUUCGAUAUAUGGCACUCCAACAACUGCAGACAAAACUGUUGACACAUCCAUAUUCCGUACUCCAUUAGGAUCCAUUGGUUCCAACUCUAAAACUCCUACCGUGCCAUCUACCACACAAAACAUUUUCGGAAACAAUAUGACCAACAAAGAGAAUACAUUCCUGCAAAAACCUAGUAUUUUAUCUGGGGUCAAAGAAGAAAAUACAGAUAAGGAUUCUUCGCAAAGUGUUUUAUCAGUUUUUGGAAAUAGCAAUGCAUCAGUUAGCGCAAAGAGCUCUGUAAUAGCACCACCGAAAUUCAAUCUUUCUAAGGAAAACCAGAAUGAGACUGGCCUUAAUCAUUUUAGUUUUGGAUCAUCUCAAUCAAAGCCAGCUUUUAGUGAAAAAACAAGUUUGGCUUCAGGAAAUAUUGGCGUUUCUAGUAACAAAUCCAUAUUUGAUAAUAAUGUACAUGGUCAAAAUACUGAAGUAAAGUCUAUAUUUGGAGACGAUAGUAAAUCUGAAAAUCUAUUUAUGAAUGUAAAUCAAGGAAGUAUUUUUGGACCUGGUGUUUUAGCUAACAAUGAAACAAAGUUUGGUGGUAAUAUCUUUGGAUCUGCCGGAGCAGGUGGUAUUUCAGUGUUUGGUUCUCAAUCAUCAAAAGAGAAACCGUUUGAAACUGCAAAAUCUUUAUUUAGUUCUGCAAUAGCUGAAUCAAAAUUCAGCACAGAUUCAAAGUUUGAAGGAGACACAGGAAACUCUAACAUAAGUUCUGAUAUCAAGUCCAAAGAGGAAAAUCCUGAAAAGGCAGAUAAUAUAUUCAGUGUUUAUGCUGCUGCUUUAUCAUCUAACACUGGAGCAAGUUUUGAUCAGACUAAAAAAAAUCCAAAUUUCAAAUGGCAAGGUGCUGGAGAACAGUUAUUUGUUGCUAAGAAGACAACUACACGAGAUGUCGAUAAGUCAAACAAUGAAACUGGCGGUGGGGAUGAGGAUGUGGCUGGUGCUGAUGAGGAUUAUGAUCCCCAAUACGAACCCAUAGUACCCCUCCCUGAUAAGAUAGUAGUCACAACUGGAGAGGAGGAUGAGCAAAAACUGUUUGGAGAACGGUGUAAAUUGUACCGCUAUGAUGAGAAGUGUCGGGAGUGGAAAGAACGUGGCAUUGGCGAAAUGAAAAUACUGUACCAUCCUGAGAAAAAAACAUAUCGCCUCCUCCUGCGCCGCGAACAGGUUCACAAAGCAGUUUUGAAUAUGCUGCUACACAUGGACUUAGAAUUACUACAGAUGAAGAACUCUGACCGUGCGUGGACAUGGGCCGGACACAAUUUUGCGGAAAACCCUGCUGGUGAGCAAGAGACAUUGGCUGUGAGAUUCAAGUCUGUUGAGUUAGCGCUUUCCUUCCAAAAAGAAGUUAUUGAAUGUGUUAGGAAAUUGCAAGCAGACGCGGCAAAUGCAUUAAGAGAACAAAAGGAGACUAAUAAAGUUACACCGCUUAGACUACCUAAACAUUUACAAGAGAGUGCGCGUGCAGAUAAUGUAAUGACUAAUGAAGUAAAAGAACAGAUAUCGUUGACGAUUGCUCCUACAACUGAAACAACAACUAGUGCCAAGACGGAAUCUUCGGCUGACACAGAAGUGUAUAACGAAGAUCACUUUACGGAGGUGGAAUGUGAAGUUCAAGAAGAUCAAGACUAUGAAGAUGAGGAGGAUUACAAUGCUUACUAUCAAGAGGAGGAUGAAGAAUGUGUAUAUCAUUCGUGUGACGGUGAAGCAGUUAUUCGACAACAAGAUGAAGAAAGGACAUGUUCACUCGCACACAUUCAAGUAGUGUUCGAUCAGGAUAUCUGCUCACCCAAGAUAUUGAUCACAGAUUCUGCUACGGGGGAGAUACUCGUUGAUAUGGUUAUCUACACCGAUACAUUAUUUGAGGUAUGCUUCUGA